UAAUCGUAAGACUGUGAAGCAUGUCUCCAACUUCGUAAGCUUUAAUUAACCUCAACUCGCCAUUGAAAUCGUAGUCUUCUUCUUCAGAUGCCGUUGCUAAGCACAAUAUUCGUACCUUAGCUUAUUUUAUUUUACGAUGGAGCAUGAAUGAGAUACUACACACUGGCAUUUUGUUUUGGUCACAGAUCACUGAUUUGCCAUUCUCCCUUUAUUCUACUCUUGUGAUUGAGGCCCGUCAUGGUUUUAAUAAGCAAAUGGUAUGGUUAUUAUUUAGAGACUUAAUCAAAGGAAUCUUUCUUGCCAUCAUUCUGGGUCCUCCUAUUGUGUUUGCAAUUAUUUUCAUAGUUCAGCUUCCAGAAGGUGGUCUCAGGGAAAAAAUUGAAAAACUUGCUGCAUCUCUCAAAUUUCCAUUGCAGAAGUUGUUUGUUGUAGAUGGGUCCACAAGGUCAAGUCAUAGCAAUGUGAGUUUGAGCUUUUUGACUUAUUGCAUUUUUUUAAAUGAAAUAUGACUAGGUAUCAGUGGUGUAUAAAUUCACAUACUACAUAUUUGAGAUAUUUCUUUACAUAUUUACUUUUUCUUAAAUUCUUAGCAUCUUAAUGUUGAACAUUGAAUGAAGUUUAGUGUUUUUGAAUCAGUUUCAUCAAAAAUGGACAUAGAAGGUUAGUUUUAUGUUAAUUUUUAUUGAAUGCAAUAAGGAGCAUUUUAAAGGUGAAUGCAAAAUGUGUGAAUUCUUAUUUUCUUAUGCUCUUGAGUUACACAUCUUCAUGUAUAAGUGGUUGGAAAAAGUACAGUGCUGUUACCCAGACAAAUGUUGGCCAGAAAGUUAGUGAUGUUUAUUUAAGAUGCUAUUAUUUUGUACUUCAUGACUUUCUUCUGAUGGCCAAUAAUUUUUUUUUGAUAUAUUUGGAUUGAGAUUACCUAAUUGCUUUGACAUUAUAUUGCAUCCAGAAUUUACUUUUAAUUGUCAAAAUUAUAAAUUAUAUUAUUUAGAUAUACAUAAUAAUAAUCUCACUUAAUAACUAAUAAUAUUAUUUUUUUUAAUUUUUAAUUGUAUCACUUUUUAAAUAAAGUAAAAAAAUAACUAGCAUAAAAUUUAGUAUACGUGCCUCGCACGUAGUUUUUUACUAGUAAUAAAAUAAAUAUGUAUGUUUUGAAUUAGUACAAAUAGGACUAUAUAUUUUCUAAACUUAUACAAAUAUAAUCACGAGUUUAAUUUUUAAUAAUUUUUUAUAUUAUAACUAAUUUAAAAAUAAUUUUUAAUAAGAAUAAAUG